AUGGGCAGAGCAAGGCAAAGAGCCAACGCUCAGCGGCGGAAGCAAAAGCGUCCCGGGGAUCCUCCAGCCACCUGCGCAGCUGUCGCGGUCAUGGGCGCGAGCCGCGCGCGGUGCCCACCUGUCCAAGUCGGGGUCGGGAGCCAGGCGGCAGGCAGGGAGCGCGCGGCAGCCAAGCGGCGGCGGGGAAAGGCGAGGCGCAAGCGCUGGUGGCGGCGGGUCCGGGAGACCGGCGCCAAGAAUCUGCUGCUCCCGCCGCAGCUGCGGAACCAGCGGGGCCCCGCGCCCACCCCAGCGGCCCCCGCCACGUCCCCGGGUGAGCUGGACCUGGGCGCGCAGCGCGAGCGCUGGGAGGCGUUCCGCAAGCUGCGGGGCCUGAGCUGCGAGGGUGCCGCCAAGUUCCUGCUGGACACCUUCGAGUUCCCGGGCCUGGUGUACCACACCGGGGGCUGCCACUGCGGCGCCGUCCGCUUUGCGGCCUGGGCCCCUGAGGAUCUGCACGUGGUGGAGUGCAGCUGCAGGCUGUGCAAGAAGAAGCAGCACCGCCACUUCCUUGUCCCCGCCGAGCGCUUCACGCUGCUGCAGGGCGCCGAGAGCAUGGUCACCUACCCGUCCAACACGCACCCGGCGCUGCACAGCUUCUGCAGCAGGUGCGGGGUGCAGAGCUUCCACGCCGCGGAGUCCGACCCACGCGUGUAUGGCGUCGCCCCGCACUGCCUGGACGCGGGCACGGUGCGCAGCAUGGUCAUCGAGGAGGUCGAUGGUGAAGCUUGGGAACAGGAGACCACCGAGGAGGACGACGAUGACUAUGCCAUGCAGAACGCGUCCAUCGAGAUGGCCCCUGCCUGUCCUGGCCAAGAAGAGCUGUGAAUGAGGUCGCCGACAUGCUGAAUCCAGUGUGCGGGUGGGGUCCCCUCCAGCCAACCCCUGCAGCACUUGGGGAAACAAUCCUUCUCCCCCGUGUGCAAGCUACCUGUCCCUCUUUCCCCCUUCCCCUCCAGUUCUGUUCAAGGGACUUUCUCUGAAUCCAGAACUUGAGCACACACCCCUUCUUCUGUGUGCAAUGAUCACCUUGACAUCUAACAAGCAAGUAGUGUCUCCACGUUUUCAAGUCUACUCUUCCAUCACUUGGUUGUGCCAUUCGUCCUGAAGGAUCCCCACAUGGCUGGUGGGAAUCCCUUGUACUGUACGUUUCUGGUGCUAUUGUGAACAGGCUUGUGUGCAACACGUGCAUUUUAGUGUGCUGGGCGGCUACAUCCCAACACUUUUGUGAACACUUACAGGACGUUCUCCCCGGGUUUCCUGAGCGUUUGUGUUUUAGGUGGACACCUUUCCACUACUUAGGGAAAGCUGUUGCUUUCAGCCACGUUGUUUAUCUAGUGUGUUUGAAAAUAGCAUGUCUUGAAAUUCGAUAUUACAUACCUCAUCACACUCAGUUCUCCAAUGAUGCUACUCUGUUGCUUGGUUUUGUGUUAGUGACUAACUGCUGGGAGGGGAUGGGGAGAGAGGAUUGAGAGGGAUGACCACCCCCUUGGAUCUUUCA